AUGAAUAAUAGCAACAAGGAAAAGCUGGUGGUAGAGGUGGUGGCGGCGCACAAUCUAAUGCCAAAAGAUGGGGAGGGUUCAUCUUCACCAUUUGUAGAGGUUGAGUUUGAGAACCAAAAGCAAAGAACUCAGGUUAAGUGCAGAGAACUUAAUCCUGUAUGGAAUGAGAAGUUGGUCUUUCACGUAAACGACGUCGCAGACCUUCCUUACAGGACCAUAGAAGUGAAUGUGUUUAACGAGAGGAGGUCCAACAGUAGCAGGAAUUUUCUUGGAAAAGUUAGGGUUUCAGGGACUGGCAUUGCAAAAGAAGGUGAAGAAAUGGCUCAGCUUUAUACGCUGGAGAAAAGGAGUUUGUUUUCCCAUGUUCGUGGCGAGAUAAGCUUGAAGCUUUAUCUGUCUCAAAAUGACGAGGUUAAACGAGUGACUAAUGGGGGCGGAGAUGGAGGAGGAGGAAGAGGGGUGGUGCUUUCUGCUGGUGGUGGUGGUGCUGUUUCCAAGAAAAACAAGAAAAUGCAGCAGCAAGGAGGAAACUUGAUGGCGCCACAACAAAUGGGCCUGGGUAUGCAGAAGCAGGCCCACACAAAGCCAUUGGAGCCCACUCCAGGUGAUUUCAAACCCGUUGUUAUUACUACUGUUCCUGGUCCUGUCGUUCCCCCCGCUGCCGUCCACGGCGGCGCUCACGCCAGUGGUGGUGGUUUUGGUGGAUACUCAAAUGUGUCGAGCGAGUAUGCUUUAAAAGAGACCAAUCCUUUCCUUGGAGCCAUGAACAAGGACAAGAAAAGCUCAACCUACGAUCUUGUCGAACAAAUGCAGUAUUUGUAUGUUAGAAUAGUAAAAGCCCGUGAGAUUUCACUGUUUGGUGGUGGUGAGAUUUUAACUGAGGUAAAACUUGGGAAUUACAAAGGGAUUUCAAAGAGCGUUUCUUUAAACAAUGCCGAAUGGAACCAAGUUUUUGCCUUUUCUAAAGAUUGUAUACAGUCAUCUGUGGUAGAGAUUUUUAUCAAGGAUAAAAAUAAAGAUGACUACUUAGGGGUUGUUUGGUUUGAUUUGAGUGAAGUGCCCAAAAGGGUUCCACCUGAUAGUCAAUUGGCACCACAGUGGUAUAGAUUGGAGGACAAGAAAGGUGAAAAGGCUAAAUGUGGUGAGCUCAUGGUGUCAAUAUGGUUUGGGACUCAAGCUGAUGAGGCCUUCUCGGAAGCAUGGCAUUCGAAGGCGGCUAAUGUGCAUUUCGAUGGGUUGUGUUCAAUUAAGUCGAAGGUUUAUCUUUCCCCGAAGCUUUGGUAUUUGAGAGUAGGGGUGAUUGAAGCUCAAGACAUUGUUUUGGGGGACAAAAGGGUGUCCAUGAACAUGGUAAGAUAUCCUGAGCUUUUCGCAAGAGUUCAAGUUGGGAACCAGGUUUUAAGGACUAGGAUUGCUUCGCCUACCCCGGGUCGAAGCCUUUCAAAUCCUUGUUGGAAUGAUGAGUUGAUGUUUGUGGUUGCCGAGCCAUUUGAGGACUACGUGUUGAUUUCGGUUGAGGAUCAUCUUGCACCCAACGGAGAUGAGGUACUUGGAAGGGUGGCUUUGCCAGUUAUGAAUAUUGAAAGGCGAUUGGAUGAGAAGUCGGUGAUUUCUAGGUGGUUUAAUCUUGAUACUCACUUCAGCAACGUCAAUGAGUCCAAUGUUGCCGUGAGAUUUGCUUCCCGGGUUCACCUUCAUGCCUCGCUUGAAGGAGGCUAUCAUGUGCUCGACGAGUCCACACAGUUUAGCAGCGAUGUUCAACCCACGGCCAAGCAGCUCUGGAAGCCCCACAUUGGUGUUCUUGAAGUUGGUAUUUUGGGUGCAACCAAUCUGAUGCCCAUAAAGAUCAAAGAAGGCAAAGGAGGCUCGACUGAUGCCUAUUGUGUUGCAAAGUACGGGCAGAAAUGGAUUCGAACUCGUACCGAAGUCGACAGUUUAGCCCCCAAGUGGAAUGAGCAGUACACUUGGGAAGUCUUUGAUCCUUGCACAGUCAUCUCCAUUGGGGUUUUUGACAACUCUCGAGUUGACAAGAACAUUGUGGCCGGAGCUGGGAGUCGGGAUGUUCGUAUUGGCAAGGUUCGGAUAAGGUUAUCGACUCUUGAAUCUGAUCGGGUUUAUACUCAUGCUUACCCACUGCUGGUUUUACAUCCUUCUGGUGUAAAGAAAAUGGGAGAGCUUCAUUUGGCAGUUCGGUUUUCUUCUACAAAUAUGUUCAAUGUGCUUCACAGGUACUCAAUGCCAUUGCUGCCAAAGAUGCACUAUGUGCAGCCAUUGUCUGUGAGUCAACUGGAUACUUUAAGGUACCAGGCUAUGAAUGUUGUAGUAUCUCGGUUCAGUCGAGCCGAGCCUCCAUUGGGACAAGAUGUGGUCGAAUACAUGCUCGACCGCGACUCGCAUAUGUGGAGCAUGAGAAAGAGCAAAGCUAAUUUCUUGAGGCUUACCAAUAUUUUAGCCUGGUUUGUUGCCAUGACGAGGUUGCUCGACUCCUUGCGGAAUUGGCACAAGCCUGUUUACUCAACCGCGUUUCUUAUCGCCUUCAUCAUUCUCGUGCUUGUUCCGGAACUCAUAAUUCCUUGUGCGUUGCUCUCUCUAGCCAAUGUUGGGCUCUGGCGAUAUAGGUCCCGACCCCGUUACCCUCCUCACAUGAAUACAUGGCUUUCCUACGCCGAAAGUGUUAACCAAGAAGAAUUGGACGAGGAAUUCGACUCAUUCCCCACGAGUCGAAGUGCAGAGCUAGUUCGCAUGAGGUACGAUCGACUAAGGAGCCUUGCUGGAAGGAUCCAGACUGUAGUCGGGGAUAUGGCAACUCAAAGCGAGAGGUUUCAAGCGUUGCUAAGUUGGCGCGACCCAAGAGCUACAUUUCUGUUCGUAAUCUUUUGCUUAUUUGCUGCGUUCGGGUUCUAUUUGGUGCCAAUCCGGUGGGUUGUGGCUCUCUGUGGUUUGUAUUAUCUGAGGCCACCCAGAUUCAGGAACAGAUUGCCUUCAAGUGCUGUUAGUUUCUUCAAGAGGCUGCCUACAAAUGCUGAUAGCAUGUUGUAA